AUGAAUGGAACAGCUGGGCCCUAUGCGGACCGACGCAACCCCAAUCCGUUGAGGGAACGAACAAACGGCGAGCUUAGAGACGAUGUCCACAGGUUUCACGGCGACCACAAACUGGAGAAGGUGGUCGAUGUUAAGCUACUCAUUAAUGGAGCGCUCAUAGCCCGGGAUCCGUCUAACGUAGAAACGUGUGACCUGACCGUCCCCGAAAAGCUUGCCAUAAAGUCGGAGCCGCGUUUAGGACUCUUUCAACAGACGAAGGAGCUCAAGGUAGUCAUCCUUACUACUGCUUGCGCUGCGAUUAUCCAAGGCUGGCAACAGUCAACCAUCAAUAUCAGUUCCGAUGGGUGGAAAUGCGACCUUCUCGUCGACUCGAAAAACCCAGAACGUGGGAUUCGCCUAGACACGUAUCACAGCUACAUCGCUUCUUUAACUGAUGCAGCACCAUGGAUAUCGGCAAGUAUCAUCGGGACAUGGCUAAGUGAUCCCUUACAAGAAACCAAAUAUGGCCGGCGCCCCGCCCUUUUUAUAGCCGCAAUACUCUGUGCAGCUUGUGCAAUUGGGACCGCCCAUUGUCCUACUUGGCAGACACUCCUGGCCUGUCGUCUCCUACUGGGGAUUGGGAUCGGAGCAAAAGCGUCUAUUGCUCCUGUCUUUGCAGCGGAGGCAGCAGCAGAACACCUCCGAGGCCGCCUGCUGAUGAUGUGGCAACUAUUUGACACGUUUGGGAUUUUCGUCGGGUUUGUCUGCUACUGGAUCUUCGAUCGCAGCUGGCGUGGGAUUUUAGGGAGCGCUGCAGUGCCGGCAUUGGCCCUCCUCGUUCUGGUAUUUCUGUGCCCCGAGUCACCGCGGUUCCUCAUACGGAAGCGCAACUACGCGAAAGCAUUCAUCAGUCUCCGUCAAUUGCGAGGAACAGACAUACAGGCUGCCAAAGACCUGUACUACAUCCACAGUCAGCUGCAAAUCGAAACCGAGCUGUUCCAGGGUCGGCGACCAGAGCAAUGGUGGCGAGCAGAUUUGUACCAGGACGAGGUCGAGUCACAAACAUUCUUCCAGAGGGUUCGGGCUCUUUUUACGGUUCCGCGCAAUCGUAGAGCCUGUCUAGCGGCAUUCGUAGUGAUGGCGGCCCAGCAGCUCUGUGGGAUUAACGUCCUUGCAUUUUAUUCUUCGCACCUCUCUGAUAUUCUAACGUCUAGAAAGGAUGAAAAGGGUCGCCAGCUCAAAUGUACGCCUCCAGCAAUGAAUAACCGGGUCGCUUGGCUCAACUUCGGGUUUGGCUUAGCCAAUUUUUUAUUUACGAUCCCUGCCUAUAAAUUCAUUGACUGGAGGGGUCGCCGGGUUCUUUUGUUGAUCUCUCUCGGCGGAAUGUUCUUUACUCUUCUUGCGAUCUGUGGCUUUUUCCGUAUUACAGGAUCCGAAGAAGCACAAAUAGGCCUAAUAAUCGCUUUCACGGUUAUCGUUUUUACUCUCUUUUAUGGCAUUGGUGCCGGACCUGUCCCAUUCACCUUCAGUGCCGAAGUGUUUCCCCUGGCUUUUCGAGAGGUUGGCAUGAGCUUUAGCGUCAUGGUCAAUUUUCUCGGUCUGAGUAUUUUGAUCCUCUUCGUGCCGGCAUUGGCCGCUGCAUUCUCAUCCAGCAAUGACAAAAAUCUCUUUGGCCAAUCAAAUCUUCUCUUCAUCUUCGCUGGCCUCAAUGCACUGUCGUUUGUGCUUGUGUUCUUCCUAGUCCCAAGUGGCACGGCGCAAAUUACUCUGGAAGAGAUGAAUCAUAUCUUCAGUAGAAAGACCUCUGAGCAUGCAUUUGACCAUCUUCCGGGGUUAGUAAAGAGGAGAUGGCACCCACGAAGCCGCCAAGAACAAGGACGGGAAGAUGAAGAGGGCGAGAUGGGGAUUUCACUGGGGACAAUGACGAGGGCCGCUUGA